AUGGCACAUCGCGUAUGGCUAUUACGUGAAGCUGAUAGCUCCUGGUUCGCGCAUACGGGGGGAAGGGAUCGCUCCCCUGAGGAUCCAGCUCCCCUCCCCUCCCCAGCGGGGACCCUCAACCUCACCUUCAGAUACAAAGAUACACUUAUUCGAGCUGAUGAGGAGGCAAAUUACCGUUCAAAGAUUAUUUUGGUAAAUUUGGGACUUAUUACGGUAAAACGCGGUUCUAGUAUUAGAAUUGAUAAUUAUUCUCGUCGUCUAAAAUUGCAGAGACAACUCGUUGCAAAUCUUUUGUGCAUAUACAUAAAACAUACUGUCGAAAUUUUGAUUCCACUGUAUAUCGAGGAUAUCACCCUUCAAAAGGUAUACGCUUUAAACCCGAGACAAGAUCAUUUGGGUAUUAAAAGUACGCACAAAUUAAGAUUUACUCCGCUUGUCAACACGCAUUUUUUCAGGGAAACUUAUUAUCUUUUCCAAGAUUUCUUCCCUGCAGUGAUAUUUUAUUAUCCGCUCAUCCAUCGUGUGCACGUUAACAAUCGCGGGCUUGUACAUGUAUAUGCUGAUUGCAUUAUUGGAAUUCACGGCGGCGUUAGCUAUGACGGUAUUCCUGGCGUUCAUACGCUGAUUUGGCUACUUGUAGUGCUGAUAAAAAAAGACUUCAAGGUAGAGCGGUGCCUAGGCUCGUAUUAUCUGGAACCGGAGUUCUGGAUACUUGACGGUCCCCGAAUGGCAGAGCUUGUGGUCAAUCUCUUUUUCAUUUGUAAUGUGAUACGAGUAUUGUGGUCAAAAGUUCGCGAGAGUCACAGCACCAGCGAACUUGAAAAAAUGAAAAAAAGCGUUAAAGCUGCCUUAAUGCUUAUACCUUUGCUUGGCAUACCGAACAUCAUGCAAACGAUACCGUUUGCACCAACAAGGGACAAUAUUACGAUAUUUGCCAUAUGGACCUAUCUUGCCUCGUUUACGUACAUGUAUCAGGGCCUUAUGAUUACAAUCAUUUACUGCUUCACGAAUAAAGAGGUGAAUAUGGUUUUGAAAACGUUCUAUGAUCGGUAUAGGCUGCAGCAUACAAGCCAACAUGAAUUGAGAAGAGGCUCACCGUGCCGCAUGAGCAAUGCCACAUCAUUUCAAUGCGGUGAUGAGAUUGUAAAUAAUAAUGGCUACGAAGCUGUUAGUGAACGAACGCCCCUCAAAACGCAAUGUGAUUGCACAGAAGAGAUACGGACAACACCGAUGAUUAAUGGGCAACACGUUGCCUAG